AUUGCUAUUUUUUUUUUUGUAAUUUAGUACUCCUAUAUUUUUUCCUUAACACAUUUUGUAGGCCUAAAAGAGUUGCAAACAAGAAGAUAACUUAAAAAGCCCAGCAUUUAGUGGCCCUUGAAUUUGGGUAAAACCCACCCUUGUUGUGUACCAAAACCCUUAACACACAAAUUAACAUAUUAAUUUCAGAGCUCUUGAAACAGGAAGGUGAAAUUGAUCUGAGAAAAUGGCGUUAACGAACUUCAUACUGACGGUGGCGGGAGUAAGCGCCGUUAUCUUACUGUUGAGGAGCGAUGUCAAGCAGUCUGCUUCCAUCUUCAAGCGUAACGUUCGUCAAAUUCGCCACUGGCUCGAGGAAGAGUCCGCCUCUGCUGCUAAGGAAAUGGAGAAGGCAAAGCCAAAGGAGAUACCAAAGAAGGACAUCCCCAAGGAUGACAAGCACUAGAUUCUUUUCAGAAGCUGUUCAAUUCCCCACCCAGUGUUUUAGAUUUUGGUCCUUGAAAUAUUUUACACCGACUAAUUUAGGCUCCCCAUAUACUACAUCGUUUUGUAGCCCCUCGACUAGUUGCCACUUUAUGGUUACCAAGGUUAUGGACAUUAUAAAUAUACUUUCAUUUUUCUAGUAUUUACUUGGAUGAAUCGAUUAUGCAAUUACAUAAAGAUGUAGAGAUAUGCAGGAUAUGUAUUCUUACUUUGAUUGAUGUAUUUUACUUUAAACUUGUGACGCUUAUGAUGGAACUGUUUUGUUUGCAAGUAAGUAUUUCCGUUAUAAUCA